UACAAAACAAAAGGAUUGAAUAAGGUGUGUCCCCGUCUCUGUUUGUCUUCUUUCAUCGUCGCUUUCCUCAAACGAACGAAUGUUUCUCCCGUAUUGCCUCCAAUUCAAUGCCUUCGGAUUUUCCCAAUGCCCCCAACACACAGUAACCAUCAUUCCGCCACCGUAAUCCGCCAUUAUUGAUUUAUAAAUUUAAUUUAAUUGAAUUGUUCCAUGAUGUGCGUUGGGGAAUAUGUGUGCAUGCAUUUCUUCUAGGUUCCCUUUAAUGGAGGCAAUCCAUUAAUAUUUGAGAAAUGACCAACAUGAAUGCGGGUGCGGCGCCAGACUCCACGCAGGCGGAGGGCAACGCCGGGGUAAAUGACUCGUCUCCGACAGCUGGCCCCGCCGUUCAUGGCGGGAGCAAGGUUUAUAUGAGUGGCCCGCUAUUUUUGUCAUCUAAAGGGAUUGGAUGGACAUCAUGGAAGAAAAGGUGGUUUAUUUUAACUCAAACCUCCUUGGUGUUCUACAGAAGUGAUCCAAAUGCGGCUCCUCAAAAAGGCGGUGAAGUCAAUUUAACCCUUGGAGGCAUUGAUCUCAACAGUUCAGGCAGUGUGGUAGUAAAAGAAGAUAAGAAAUUGCUCACGGUGGCUUUCUCCGAUGGUCGUGAUGGACGGUCUUUCACCCUCAAGGCAGAAACACUGGAGGAUUUGUACAAGUGGAAGACUGCAUUGGAGGAAGCCCUUGCAAAUGCCCCUAGUGCUAGUCCUGUUGCGGGUCAAAAUGGUGCAUCAAAGAAUGAAAAUUUCAAUUCAGAUGAUGUUUCUUCUGAACAAUCCAAAGACAAAGAACCAGCUAAGUCCUUGGUACUUGGCCGACCAAUUUUGCUUGCUUUAGAAGAUACAGAUGGCACACCAUCCUUUUUGGAAAAAGCUCUUAGAUUUGUGGAAGAACAUGGAGUCAAAACUGAAGGCAUCUUGAGGCAAGCUGCAGAUGUAGAACUAGUAGAGCGUCGAAUAUUAGAAUAUGAGAAAGGGAAAAAUGAUUUUUCACCAAAUGAAGAUGCCCAUGUUAUUGGUGACUGUAUAAAGUAUAUUCUUCGGGAGUUACCUUCAUCACCUGUUCCUGCUUCUUGCUGCAAGGCUCUUGUUGAAGCCUAUCGAACUGAACGAAGCAAGAGAGUAGAUGCAAUGCAAUCAGCAAUAUGUGAAACAUUUCCAGAGCCAAAUCGCCGUUUAUUACAAAGAAUUCUUGAAAUGUGCAUAGUAGUGGCAUCAAACAAGGCUGUGAACAGAAUGAGUGUAUCAGCUGUGGCAGCGUGCAUGGCGCCAUUGCUUCUUCGCCCCCUUCUUGCGGGUGAAUGUGAUAUCGAUAAUCAUAUUGAUAUGGGAGGUGAUAGCUCUGCUCAACUUUUGCAGGCUGCUGCAGCAGCUAAUCAUGCGCAAGCAAUUGUUAUUACACUGAUUGAUGAAUAUGACAACAUAUUUGGGGAUGGUGCUGAGACCCAUGAACCAUAUACUGACUCAGAUGAGAGUGAUAUGGAGAGUGACGAAAUUACAGACGAUGAAAGCUAUGAGGAUGAGGAUGAGGAUGAGGAUGAUUAUGUGACAGAAGGCUCUGAUUAUGAGGAUGAAGACGAUGAAGAAGAUGAAGAAGAAGAAUCAAGGGCCUCCGAAAGUGCUAGAUCUAAUUGCAACUCUCCCAACCAAAAUUCUUCAAGUCCAGAUAGAGCAAAGCUCCAAUCAAAUAACUCCUCUGACCUAACUGAGGAUGAUCCCUCUGAAGCAUCCUUGGUACAAGUAUCUUCUGAAUUAUCACAUGGAUCGUCCCGCAGUGCCAGACAACGCCAGGUUCUAGGGCGUGCUACGGGGAAGAAGAACCUUUCUGGGGAAUCCGGUGAAGUAUCCCAUGAUGAUGAUAGGGCUGAGUGGCAUGCUAAAAUGGAUUUGCAUAUCGGAACCCCCAAUGAGGCUACGGUGAAAGCUCUUCUGCAAGAUAUUGUAGAUAAGCGGAAAAAUGAUUUGCAUGAACGCCGUCUAUAUCUUGAGAAAGAUGUGGUGAGGCUACAAGAGCUAUUACGCAAGGAGAUGGAGUUGAGGGCAACAAUCGACGCUGGACUGAAAAGUUCACAACUACCUUCAUCUGUUUCAUCACUUAUCAGUGAGAAGAUGAAAGCGGAGCUGGAGGACAUUACUCGAGCAGAGGCAGAUGUUAUGAUUUUAAAGAGAAAAGCUGACGAUCUUGAAUCACAGCUUUAUGAACAACGAGAACAAAACUCUAGGGUGUGGCACGACCAACAAAAGUUGAAGGUGAAACACAGGGAUGGUGCUUCGAAGAUUUCUACUAGUAAGGAUGAUUCUCCAUCCUCGUCGAAUAUGGCAUUAGUGCCACAAACAGACAAUCCAAAGCUCCUUUCAGUCAUCUCCAUGGCAACCUCCAUGGACUCUGGAGCUAAUAAAUUUGGUCCCACAGCAUCAAGAAAGCCCGGCAUGCCUCCGGGAGCCAGUGCCAAUUCUGCUCUAUCGAAGCUCACAAACCGGCUCAACUUCUUAAAGGAACGGCGCGCACAAAUUGCGAAUGAGCUUCAGAACUUAAACAUAGGUCGAAGCUUAAGCCGGUCUGGUGAGAGCCGUAAAAUAAGCACAUCAUUUGAGAAUCCUCAGUCACCUGACAAAAAUCAAGAAUCCAAAGGCUGGCCAUCCGAAAAAGGACAGGAACCGGAGAACCGGGAAGCGCAGACGAAUCCGAACAGCCAGGCUGGAAAGAAAUCUAAGAAACCUCAGAGUUUGGACAAAGGAAACUCUGAAAGCCUCCCUUAUGGAGGGGAUAAAGGCACCUCCAAAAACACUUCAAGAACAUUUUCCAGGUGAUCAUGAUCAUGCAUUCUUCUUCUGCUCUCUUCAAAUUUAAAUUUUGGAUUUUAUUAUUAUUAUUAUUAUUAUUAUUAUUAUUAUUAUUGUUAUGGUUUGUUUUAAUAUUUUAUAGUUAGAAUUGAGACAAUUACAAGUUUUUGUUAAUGCCACUGUGUAAAAAGAAGUUUAUGAUUUGGUAUUUUUAUGUGUAUG